AUAUUAUCUACUGCUUAACGCCUUCGACUCCCUACUCUCCGUUCAAGCACUGUAAGUUUAUAGACAUUCGUUUGAUUCUGCAUCGUGGACAUCUUACAAUUCAAACGCUGAAAGCUCGUUCAAAGGCCCACAUUUGGGGUACGUGUCACAAGGCACACUCAAGAAAAUUCACUCUGGCGGAUAACAAAGUGGAUGGCAGCAUGUGUGCUCGCAAACGCACCUUGGUCGACUCUUACUCGCCUUAGACUCAGGCUCGACGUUCUACGUGUAUCGGCUAGGUUGCCUAUGCAAGCAUGGUCACCUCAACUCCUUAGAUCGCAUUACAGUGCACUCGUCAUCCAAGAGCCACCUGCUAUGGUUGCGAUGCGAGACGAGCCGUACCCACAGGAACCACCAGACCUCUCUAUAUUCGAGGAACCCACGGAGGAGUAUGGAAUAGCCUCGACGAUUGACCCUGACACCGUUCCUAUGACCUUUUCUGAAGUGCUGAUACAGUUGGUGAAAGACAGGAAGUUUGACGAUGCAGAUCAUCUCCUUACGGAACUUAUGGAGUCCGGUGUGGAUAUCAAGCAAGAUUUUGCCUAUGCGCAUGCCGCAAUCAAUGCAUAUCUUUAUCGCAAGGAUGUCUCUCAGACCCAACGGUUGUCCCUGUUCAGAAGUUGGUGGUCUCUCAUACCGGAAGCCAGUUCAAGAGUACAGUACAAUUUUGAACCGAUCCUACUUAUGUUACUAUCCAGGACACAUGUACCCGACCUCCCUGUCAUCAUGGAAUUCGCACUCAUUUCCGCCUCCAAAGGCUAUGCAGACCGGGUCGCGAAACACGUUAUCCCCGUCGUUGCUCGAUAUUCCCCUCCUGAAGUCAGCGCAGUUUUUCUCGGCAAGUUUCGAGAUGUCAGUAGGACGUACCUUAAAAAGCUGGGCCGUCAGAGUAGAGUGCAUGCUCGAUAUCGGGCUUCGCAAUGGCAUAACCUGGCGCUGCAAUCUCACCAUUCCGCGGGUCAUUUGCAGAAAGGGUUGGAGUCGUUGCAGGCUGUCUUUACACCUUCUUGGGGUGAAGUCUUCGUGGCUUCUCUCAAAAGGUCUCGGGUAUCUCGGGAUCUUGAGCCGCCUCCUCAUCUGGGACUGAUGAGCAACGAGGCAAACGCAUCCACAGUACAUCCCGCCCUCAUACCUGCAGCGCGAUCUUCAAUGAUUCAGCCAUCCAAUACCAUUCCUUUGGGUGACUUGAAGGAUUUCGAUAAUUUUUACCAUCGUCUCAAGAGUGAGGUGAGGGCGUAUGCCCGUGUCGGCACGACCUUCGAGAAACGCACCCUUCCUUCAGCACCCACUCUGGCUCAAUUCAUGCAACAGUGUAUCGAGCUCGGUCGCAUGCUUGCUUUGCUUCGCUUGCGCGUCCUAUUAUGUCGUCCCGGCUAUGCCCGUCAUCAAAGGCAUGGUCUCUGGGUUCUCGCAGAGAUGCUUUACCACUACUAUCGUCACGAAUAUCGUGGCGUCCUACGAACGUACAUCCGUCACUACCAUGCUGUAGGACUUCCCCUCAAGGCAGGCUAUUUACGUCGUUUCGGACCGGGUGAACUCUGCGAUGUAAAAUUCUUUGGAUCCUACGCGCCGCUCUUGCGUAGCCAGAAUUUUUCCCCUGUUGGAUUGUUUCCAACAUGCUUUCAAACUGCAUUGGUGUGGAGGGUGAUAGUGGAAACCGCGGAGAGUGUCUCAGAACUAGACGACCUUUACAAAGAGCUCCUUGGAUAUAUCAAAACCGCUAAGGGCAUCCCAACCAAGGCACAAUACCACAAGUCGAGCUUUCUAGCCUUCUUGAGGCAGCCACGAGACCCGUUUCCUGAUGAAUCCUCAUACCUCCAACCCUUGCCCGUCCCUUCACAGUUCGAUGCGGCCCAUUUCGCCCCUUUCAUAAAAGCAUUCGCGUCUCGUGGGGCCACAAAUCGAUAUAUUGAUAUCCUCACAGAUAUGCAAGACCUAGAUAUCCCCGUAUCCACACAAUGCCUUACCAUCGUCUGCUCGACGUUUGCAAUCAACGGCGAGAUGGAGAAACUUCACUCUCUUCUCGACGAAAUGGAAGACAGUCUCAGGCGCGACAAACAUAGCGAACCAUCCGCAAUUCCACCACCCACUUCCGAAACAUACACGACGGUCAUUCUGUUUCUGCUGCGCAAGAAGAACGUGGAUGCUGCAAUGACUAUUGCACGUCGACUUUUGGAAAACGCACAGUAUGUCCCUGGGACGAACAGUGAAACUGAUCAAGUUCUACGUGCUCUGACGGAGGCUGUUACGCAUGAAUACGAAGGGUUGAUUGGUAGACCGGAUACACCAUCAAUUGAUGGGCAGGAGUCAUCGAUAGUCUAGGGACGCUAGCGUAUUCGGAAUCUCAUACCGUACGCUUGCAACUUGGGUGCGGAAUCCUAAAUAGGGCUGGAGGCUCGACCCUACGCAUUUCAUGACUUUGGUAGAGGCGGAGGUACAUCUUCAAGCGCCGGCCGCAUACAAUUCCGCCUUACCCUGCACGGACGCACAGUCACAACAGCUCUUUGAGACAACGAGGCAACUAGCAGGGUCGGGGACUUUUGGCCACGUCAUUCGAUAUGGACACCUUAUCUAGGGAUCGCCGCCAUGGGCAGUUCAGCUCCACUGGCAUGCAUGUCCUGACCGCAGGCAUGACCCUAGGAAUGUUGUUUGGGGGAGGGGGAAGGGUUGUGCUGGGGGUUCAAGGGGUAUUAUACUGGUACAUGUGGUAAAGGAGAAAUUGGUGGUAUAUCUUCACGGGGAAUAAUAAACCAAAAGAUUCAUGGAGACAUUGGCGAAAUGUGAAGAAAUUGAUGAGAAGAACAAGAAGAAUAGUCCGUAUGAAACUUGGAUAUAAAAAGAAAGCAGCAACAUUACGGGAAGACUGGGAAUUGAAUACUGGAUAAACGAAAGAAUGAAUGAACGCGUGCGAAAGUGAAGCAGUAGAAGUCGAAUAAAGUAAUCGCAUCC